GACAUAAAAGCACAAGAUGCUCUUCAGAGGUCCCAAACGAAGCUACAACUUUCUUCUGAAGUCCCACACCAUAUAUUAAAGAACACUGAAAUAGAUGAGACUUUAUUUCUUCUUUUUUUCCCCACCCCAGAGCUUGGCUGGAUCUCAAAAGUGCAUGUGAAUCGACCCGCAGUUGUGAGGCAUGCAGAACAAAUUAAAAAAUGGAAAACUGUGAAAGGUAAUUGGCAAGCUGCUUGGCUGCUGAAAGCUGUCACCUGCAUAGACCUUACCACUCUUUCAGGUGAUGAUACUCCUUCAAAUGUUCACAGACUGUGUUUUAAAGCAAAGCAUCCCAUCAGAGAGGAUCUGCUGAAAGCCUUGGACAUGCAUGAUAAAGGUAUUACUGUCGGAGCGGUUUGUGUAUAUCCUGCAAGAGUCACCGAUGCUGUUAAUGCCCUAAAGGCUGCUGGUUGUAACAUACCAGUAGCUUCAGUGGCUGCUGGGUUUCCUUCUGGACAAACUCCUCUAGAAACCAAACUGGCCGAAAUAAAGCUAGCUGUGGAAUAUGGUGCCAGAGAGAUUGACAUUGUCAUUAGCAGGAGUCUGGUGCUGACUGGCCAGUGGGAAG